GUGCUUGGAUGGUCUAUAAAUAAGACGGGGAAUAGAGAAGCUUAGCACCACUAACUCUCAAAAUGAAGGCCACUCUAAUUGUCUGCCUUCUCCUGGCUUCAACUUUUUUCAUUCCUUCUUCAGCUGCAGCUAGCAGCAGAGACAAACCAAGAAUCCCGAUAGGUAGGUGUGAUCCAAAUCCAAGAGGUCCUUAUGGGCGGGGAUGUAUCAAAAAGCCGCCAUCUCCAUCCUUGAAGCCACCACCGCCUUCACCCUUCAAGCCGCCAUCUCCAUCCUUGAAGCCACCACCACCUUCGCCCUUCAAGCUCCCAACUCCACCCAGCAAACCGCCACCUCCAAUCCGCAAUAGGCCCACAAUUCCAUGCAGUAAGAAAAAUACGCCUUAUUGCCAACCUGAACCUCGACCUCGAUGUACUCCUAGCGUAUAUAAGCGUUGUCCUCCUUAAACCCCUUGAGAUAUGAAGCACCAUGGUUCAGAAAUAAGUGAGCAUUAGGUUGCUUAUUCUCGUGAAGAGCAGUAUUUAAGAAUAAAGUGAAUCUGGUUUGAUAUAUGGUUAGUGGCUUAUAAUUCCUUGUCAUGUACUAUACUAUGCACUCCAUAAUUAUUAGAUGUAACGUGUAUAAAAUAAAAGUUCUGACUAAAAGUUAGUCAGUUGGCUAA